AUGGCCACCACAAAUCAAACUAGCUACACCGUACAGCCAGUCGUCCUCAGCAAGCAGGACAUUGAUUCAUUGCCAGUCUUGGGCUUUCCAGAACCAGGCAGAAUCGUUGGAGGAUUUCAAACUAUCUUUGCCAAUGAAACAACUCCCACCAAUGAACUGACCUUUGGAGUUGCAAGAUUUCCAGCUCGGUCAAGUGUGCGAACAGCAUUCGAAGCGUUGCACAGACAUACGCCGGCGGAGUUCUACUACAUACUUUCGGGCUCCAUGGUCAUAUUUCUUGAAGGAGUUCGUCAUAAGGUCAAAUCUGGACAUGCCAUCUACAUCCCAGGAGAUGCUGAACACGGAUUUUGCAACCCGAGCACAGAGGAAGACCUGGUAUUCUGCUGGGGCUUUGCUACAGAUGGUUUCAGCAAUAUCGAAUACAAAUGGUCCGAGACGCAGCCUGACUGGACAGAAGUCGAGUAA